AUGUCUGAGAACAACCUAAAUGACUACACAAGCGAUACUGAAAGUUCAGAGGACGAAAUAGAACCGAAAUUAAAGUACGUGAGACUCUCAAACGGUCUACAAAGUAUCUUGUUGAAAUCUUCAGCAACAUGCAUAGCAGUACACCCAAAGUUUAUUUGUCUGGGAUCGCAUUGGGGCGUCAUCCAUAUCUUAGACCAUCAAGGUAACAGUAUUGAGGGCAAAGAGCUCAAAGCCCAUACUGUGAGUGUGAACCAAAUAUCCAUUGACUCUAAUGGAGAGUUUAUUGGUACUUGUUCUGAUGAUGGCAGAGUAUUCAUACACAGUCUCUUUUCCAAAGAGAAUAACUUGCACUUGAAUCUUGGGAGACUUGUUAAAACUAUAGCCUUGGAUCCUCAUUACUAUAAGUUGGGCUCCAACAAACGAUUUGUAAUUGGUGAUGACAAACUCACCCUGUACGAACGGACUUUCUUGGGUAGUCUUCGACCGACAGUGCUCUGCGAAAGCGAAGGCCUGGUGAGGAGCAUGUGUUGGGGUGAACAUUUUCUAGCCUGGUCCAGCAAUAUAGGUGUCAGAGUGUACGACAUGAUCGCCAGGUGUUCGUUGGGGCUGAUCAAGUGGGAGGAUCAUCCAGGGUUGUCUCUCGACAAAUUCAGAUGCAAUUUGAGGUGGGCAGACAGUAGAACCUUGCUGAUUGGUUGGGUGGACACUGUAAGAGUCUGUGUUAUAAGGAAAAGAAGCAAUAUUGAAUUGGCCAAUAGGGAUUUACCAGAAUAUCUCGUUGAUCCAGUGUCUACAUUCCAAACGGAAUUCUACCUGAGCGGUAUAGCCCCUCUGGAUCAGCAAUUGGUUCUAUUAGGCUAUCCCAAAGAGCUGGACAAGAACCACAAAUCGCCCAGGCCUCAACUCUACAUAGUCGAGUACAGGGACAACGAUUGUACGGACGUAUGUACAGACAGUCUGUCUUUGCGCGGCUACGAAGAAUACGGGGUAAACGACUAUCAUCUCGAUGUGCUGCUGGAGGAGAACAGGUUUUUCAUAGUCGCUCCCAAAGAUGUCGUUAUUGCCAGUCCGUACGAUUUGGACGAUAGGAUACAGUGGUUCAUACAGCACAGCAAAUUCGAUGACGCUUUAGAGAUUCUGAUGCAAAACGGCACCAGGAAUAUCUUGAGGCACACCGUCCAAUCCGUAGGCAUAGAUUAUCUGGAUCACUUGCUCAAUCGAGGAAUGUACGACGCAGCCGGUAGAUUGGGCUUGAAAAUUUUCGGAAAAAAUCCGGCCCUGUGGGAAGAUCAAAUUUACAAGUUUGCCGGCGUUCAUCAAUUGAGGUCGGUCAGUCCAUAUAUUCCUAGGAGUUUAGAAUCAAAACUGAAUCCACACAUAUACGAAAUGAUUCUCUAUGAAUAUCUAAAAUUAGACGCACAUGGGUUUUUGAAUCUAGUCAAAGAAUGGAAUUCCGGUUUAUACAAUGUCUGCGCAGUCAUCAAUGCCGUAUUGGAACAUUUACUGAACUGUGAAGUGGACAAAAAUAUUUAUCUUGAAGCUUUAGCCAUUUUAUACAGUUACGAAAAAAAAUACGACAGAAGUCUCUCAAUGUAUCUCAAGUUGAAACAUAAGGAUGUGUUCACGUUGAUUCAGAAACAUAACCUAUACGGAGUUAUCCAAGACAUGCUACUGGAUUUGAUGGAUCUGGACCACCAAAAAACCAUAGCGCUUUUACUAGAAAAACAUACUAUAUCCACCGACAAAAUUGUGGAAAAGUUGCGAGAAAACGAAUCACACCUUUACCUGUUUCUCGAUGAAUAUGAUAAGAAAAAUCCCAAAGGAAAUUACCACAAAGAGCUGGUGAAGCUUUAUGCGAUAUUUGCCAGAGAGAAGUUGUUACCUUUCCUGAAAAAAUCCGAUCAUUAUCCCAUCCAGGAGGCUCUGGAUAUCUGUCAGAGAGGCAAAUACUACAAAGAAAUGGUGUACUUACUAGGUAGAAUAGGGGACACAAAAGAAGCCCUAGAGCUGAUAAUAAAUGAACUGAAAGACAAGGAGCAUGCCAUCUCGUUUUGUCAAGAACACGACGAUCCAGAUCUGUGGAACGACCUUAUCAAUCAUUGCGUUAACAAGCCAGAUUUUAUCACAUUCUUAUUACAAAGCAUCGGCACUUACGUCGAUCCAACACCUCUCGUUUUAAAAAUCAAAGAAGACAUGGAAAUCCCGGGGUUGAAAAAUUCUCUGGUUAAAAUGCUGAAUCAAUACAAUUUACAGGUGUCUGUUCAAGAAGGCUGUAAGAAGAUACUGGUAUUGGACUAUUUUAACCUGCAAAAAAAAUUAGUCAAAGUACAACAAAAAGGUCUCUCUAUCUGCGACGAGCUCUUGUGUGGUGCUUGCCAUAGAAAACUAAUCGAAAAAGAUCCCUCUAGAGCUGCUGGUGUUGCCAUGUUCAAUUGUAAACAUGCCUUUCAUGUACAGUGCAUGCCGAAUAAAAUGACGAAAUGUGCUAUUUGCUACGCUAAAGAACAAAAAUAG